UAAAAUCCAUUCGGACCUCUCCGGUCUUUUUCGUGUCCAGCAUAACACGAGGAACUGGAACACACGUGCGACCAAAUCGUACGCAUUGUAUUUAAUGCCGUGGCGCUUCUUUUCAUCGCAGUAAAAUCUAAAUAUGACCAAGAAUAAGGAAAUUGCAAGAAAAUCGAAGCCUGUUUUCAGUACACCACAACCUAAGAAAGUGAACAAACCCAAUACAGCCAAGAAUAUACCUAAGUCUGCUCCACCUAAGAAAAACCAGCAAACUCCUCAAAAUGUGAGAAAGAAGGGCAAGGAAGCAGCCAAGAUAAUACCAAUCAAAUUUGAGCAGGAAUCUGAGGAAGAAUCCGAAGAAGAAAGUUUGAGUGAUGAAGAGUUCACAAAUGUAUUGGAGAAAAAAUUAAAUAAGAAAAUGAAGAAUGGUAAAAAGGGUCUAAAUCAUGAAGAAGAAUCAGAUGAUGAUGAUGAUGAUGAUGAUGUUGAAGAUGAUGAUAUGGACUCUGAGGACAUAGAGGAAGAAAGUGAUGAUGAAGAUGAUGAUGAUGAAGAUGAUGAAGAUGAAGAUGAUGAAAAAGAGGAACAUGGUGAUGAUGAAGAAGAUGAUGAUGAGGAAAAUGAAGGUGAAGAAGAUGAGGAGGAAGAGGAGGAUAGUGAAGAAGAAGAAACCCAACCCCAGAUUCAGAGCAAGAGAAAUAAACCACAAACUGAAAAGGUCAGCAUAAAUGAAAAGAAAGCACAGAAGAGAACGGCAGUUGAGUCAGUGGCAGAUGUUAAAAAAUUGGCAGGCGAUGAAGAAAGAUUACGUUUGAGGGACAGGAAAACAUUAUUUAUAAAAGGCUUUCCAGGUGACACCACAGAUGAUAAAUUGAAGGCUUUAUCAAAAGAUAUUUUGGAUGUGCGUAUGAGAGUAAGGAAGAAAGGCAGUCCUAAAUCAUUGGCAUUUGCAUUCCUUGAAUUCAAAGAUGAAGCAACAGCAGAAAAGAACCACAAACUUUUAUCAAGCAAGAAAAUUGGGGAUAAUCAGAUACAUGUGGAUUAUGUUGGAGAAAAGAGCAAACUUGGGGCCAACAAGAAAGAAGUGAAUGCACAGGACCUAGAUCCACUCAAGUUAUAUGUCACUGGUUUCUCCAAUGAACUCUCCAAAGCAGAGUGUACCUCACAUCUAAAGAAGCUAUUUCCAGCUGCCUCCUCGGUAACAAUACCAACCCGUAAACGAGACAAUAAGCUCUUGGGGUAUGCAUUUAUUCAUUUUAAUAUAGAGGCUGAUGUGAAAACAGCACAUGACACUAUGCAAGAGAAAAAGAUUUCAGGGAAAAAAAUAGUUGUUUUAUAUGCACGAAAAAGCAAAAAAGAGAACACCAAAAAACAGAAAAAAACAGAAAAAGAGCCACCUGCAAAGAAGCAAAAAAAGACAAAGACUGAAGAAGAGGAGGAGGAGGAUGAAAGUGAGGGAGAUGGAGAUGAUGAUGAGGAAGAUGAUGAUGAUGAUGACGACGAUGAUGAUGAUGAUGAUGAAGAUUAGUGGCACUGAAUGAAAAUAAGACCUGUACAUAGUUCAACACAACUUUACUGGAUGAAAUGGCAUUAAUACAUUAGAGUCAUCAAAGUUCAUAAGAUCAAAAACAAACUUGUGUUUUUGUUCUUUAUUCAUUUAUCAUCUUAACGGUAGAUUGAAUACACAUUUACUCAUUUUUUAGAAAUGAUGGACAUACUUUUAAGUAAGGGAUAUAUUUUAUGCAUAGCAUUUUCAUGAAUGCAACAGAAGCAUUGCUUAACAUUUUAGUCACUCGUCAGCGGAAAGUACUUUUAAGUCAGAAUAGUUCAACUUUUGCAGCAGUCUAUAUGCUGUUGGUUCCCAGAUUUUACAUGUGAUUUUAUAGUUCACACCAAAUAAGGAUGUGCAACUCUGUCUUUACUCUGAUAAAGGUGACUGAAACAUGUUUGCUGAUCAGUUUAAUCUCUGUACAUUUUCAGAACAUCCAAUGUUUUUGUAGAGGGGUGUUCUAGUCAAAUUAUGGACCAACAGUACCAUUGGGGGUCCACGGUUGAAAAAAGAGCUUUUGAAAAAGUCACUAGGUGUAUUUAAGGUAGAUGAUGCUUAAAUAGAAAAUAUAUCAAACAGAUGGAAGUUUCAUUAAAGCUCAAGCCAGAAACAAAAUAGAAUUAUGUUACUUAGUUCUUAAUUAAGUGCAUUUUCUGCACCCUGGAAACUACUGUAAAGUUGUAAAAUGUCUGAUCACCCAAGUUUUGAAUGAGGAUUGCUGUUGGAAUUGAUACUCUUAAUUGAAGAACAAGAAGCUCCAGUGUAUUUUAAGAAAAGAAAGAUUUAUAGUAACUAUUGGUAUCCAUCUUUUUUUCAGCAGAUUGUCAGAAAAAAGUCUGCCUGACUGUCGACUUUUCAAGACAUGCUUCACACAUUCUAGUUGGUCAGUUUUCUUGUGUUUCUGUUUCUUUUGGUGUUGGUGGCAAUUGUUAGGUUUUAUUGAGGUAUUGGUGUACACUACUACAAAAAUUUUGUCAGCUUUGUGCAGAGUUCUAAAAUGAAAAGGCGAAAUAUACUGAUGCUUCAUGAAAAUCUUUUGGUUUAGCCUUUGAAUCUGCGCAGUAUUGAGAUAUGAAGUGGAUAAAAUUGCGAAUGCUUUAGUCUUAUAACUUGAAAAUUAUCCUUUUACAUCAAGUUUUACUUUACAAUUGUUAUUUCAUUGUUUUGGCUCUGGUUUCAACAUGGUUCAGUUGAAUGUAGAACAUCCCUCAAACCGUUUAUAUAAUAAUGACUAAAGUAAUUUUAGAAUUAAUCUGGGGUUUUGCUACUGGUUGUUUAGAAUGGUCAAUUAAAUUAAUAUUCUUCUGACAA